AUGACUGCAUUCUUUUUUUUAUUUCUCCUCAGUGUGAUCAUAGAAGAUAUGGCGUCCUCAGACCUGGAAGGUUUAUGCUUUCACAUCAACACGAAGAUUGCAACUAUUAAAAAGGCUCUUCAAUUAAGAAACAUAGGUCAAGAACCAUCCCUCAAAUCUCUGCUGGGUAAAAUAAGACAUGAGAUGCUUCUCUUGCAUGAUCUCCUGAAUAAAAUGGAAACAGAAGUUCAACAGCAAGAAAAAAAGAAAAAUUUACUAAAAGAGCUGCAGAAGGCUGCUGAGAGAGCUCAAGAAGAAGCACAACACCUCUAUGAAAACAUUCCUCCCCAUCUGCCUAAACCAACUCAGAGCUGCAUCGCUGAGCUAACUGUGAAACAAGAAGAACAAACCAAAGUGGCAGAAUCCAAACGUGCGAAGAAACCUACGAAAGAGUCGAUACCUAUUAAAGAAAUGUCCUUAAUAACUGCAGAAGAAUUUGAAAGUGUUCCUAC